UGUAAAUGUUUAACUAACCAAGAUAUCCUUGUUUCUCUUUCCUGUUCUGUUUCCCAGAGAUCACUAAGUCUGGAGCUGGUGUGGAGAGUGUUGUGGGAGAAAAGGAGAUGCGCCAGAGAGAGGGGAAGUCUUCAGUCGUGAAGAACAGUGUCUUGAGGAGGAAGGAAGCAACUGUCUCCCAUCUGGAUGGCCAAAAUCUGUGGAAGGGAGAUGCGGCCAAGAAGGAAUUGGCCAAAGUUGAAAAAAAGGUGUUGGGCAGCAGGAAAAUGGAGGCAAACAGCACCACUACCAAGCCAGAAUCCACUGGGUCAAAUGCCAGCCUAGCCCCAGCAGGAGGGAUAUACCCCCAGAGAGGUGUGACCCAUCAUGCCAAGAAAACACUGGUGAAGGAACAUGGUGCCCCCCAAAGGGCACAGGCAAGAAAAGACUAUGGCACGGUGCACAAGAAUGUUACUCUGGUACAGGCAGGAAAAACGCCAAGUCCUCAGCCCAGAAAUGAAAGCCUAGUACUCUCCAGUUCUGCCCACAAAAAUGCUGGUAAAAUAAACAAAGGAAAAGAGCCCAGAUUUCUCCACAGAAAUGGCACCCGGGCAUUGUUGCAAAAAGAGAACCUCUCUUCCCACAGGAACACCAGCAGCUGGCUAUCAUCAGGAAAGGAACAUGGCACCCUCCACAGAAAUGCUAGCCACACCCUGGCGUGGAAGGAGCGGAGCAUCCUCACUAGGAACAGCACUCGGGCACAGGGAACAAAAGAGCCUCCGUUUUCCCACAGGAAUUCCAGCCAGGCUGUAUCUGGGAAAGAGCAUGACAUACCCUCCACAAAUACCACUUGGACACAGCCAUGGCAAAAGCGGAGAAAUGCGAGCCAUGCACAGGCAAACAAGAGGCCCAGCGUCACUCACAGAAAUGCCAGCUGGGUAGGGCCAGGAAACAGGCAUGGCACCCCACACAGGAAUACCAGCUGGGUUGAAGCCAAGAAGGAGCCCAGCCUUGCCUAUAAGAAUGUCAGCUGGGCACUGCCACAGAAAAAGCUCAGCCUUUCCCUCAGGAAUGCUAGCCAGGCACUGCCAUUGGGAAAGCCCAGUUUCCCCCAUAGAAAUUCCAGCUGGGUACCACCAAGGAAGAGGCAUGGUAGCCAGCACAGGAAUGGCAGCUGGGCAGAGGUCAAAAGGGAGCACAAAGCUUCCCACAGGAAUGCCAGCUGGACAGUGCCAAGGAAAGAGCCUGGUUCUUCCUACAGCAAUGUCAGCCGAGCAUUGAAAGAGACGGGGCAUAGAACCCUGCACCAAACAGGUGGCCAGACAUGGUCAGAAAAUACACCAAGUGUUCGCUUCAUGAAUGCCACCCAAACAGAGGCUGUGAAAGAAAAAAGCUCCUCCCACAAGAAUGUCUUCCAGGCAGGGACAGGCAUGCCAAAAUGGCGGCUGGCAUUUCCAAAGGAAAGAGAUGAACCCAUCCUGCCAUCUCUGCCCACAACUUGCCUCCUUUCUGAACAUGCCAUCGCUUGUGGCAAUGCCCGCUUGAAACAUGUGCCAAAACUGAAUGACCCUGUCCUCAAGACCCUCUACCUGGCAGAGAAUGAGAUCACCAGUGUCCCAGCUGAGAUUUUCUUUGGAUUGCCCAAUCUGGAAUGGCUGGAUCUCAGCAAGAACAAGCUGGAUAUGGCAGGUCUGCACCCAGAAGCUUUCCAGAAUCUCACUAAGCUGAAGCGUCUGAAUCUGGAUGGGAAUCAGCUCACCACAAUCCCAGCCUUACCCUCUUCAUUACAGGAACUAAAGUUGAACGACAAUAAUUUAGAAGGACUGCAGAGGCACAGCUUCCGAGGCCUCUCCAAGCUGCUCACUCUGGAGCUAGAGGGAAACCAGCUGCAUGAUGGGAAUGUGCUCCCUACCACUUUCAAGCCCUUGAGCAAACUAAUCUACCUGCGACUGGAUCGGAACCGCUUUCGGGCCAUCCCUUCAGGUUUGCCUGCAUCCCUGCAGGAGCUGCAUCUGGAUUCCAAUCGCAUUGAGGAGGUGACGGAGGGUGUCCUCAACAAAACUCUCAACCUCACGGUGCUGGUUCUGAGCAACAACAAGCUGCAGGAGGAUCACAUUGCUCCCCGCGCCUGGAUAGACCUCCCGAAGUUGGAGGCCUUGGAUCUUUCCCACAACCGGCUGGCACACGUGCCCUCGUUCCUGCCACGGCAUCUGAAGCAGCUGACCCUGCAUCAUAACCGCAUCGAGCGCAUCCCUGGUUACGUCUUUGCCCACAUGAAGCCAGGCCUGGAAUUCCUACACCUGUCCCACAAUGUGCUGCAGGACGACGGCAUCCAUGCCGUCUCCUUCUUGGGGCUCUACCGUUCCCUUGCUGAGUUGCUCCUGGACAACAAUCAGCUCCGGGCCAUUCCCCGCGGCAUCCUGAACUUAAAAGGGCUACAGGUCCUUCGGCUGAGCCACAACCGCAUCAGGCAUGUCCCUCUGAACUCUGUCUGUGACACACGAGUAUCCGAGGACUCCAAUAUUGUGUCCAUGCACCUGGAGAACAACUUGAUUGACCGCCGCCGCAUCCCACCCACCGCCUUCUCCUGCAUCAAAGCCUAUCACAGUGUGGUGCUGCGACCACAACAGCAUGAAGAGGACUAUUAUUAA